UCUUAUCGGCUACUGAUACCAUAAUAUCAGUUCUCUGUGUUUAGGCGGACGAACCGGUCAACUUAUGAUCAUUAUUCCCAUCUUUGUAUUAAAUAUUGUUGUGGAAGUGAAGUGUUUCUGAGUGAUUAAAAAAUGAGGUUAAAUACCGUAUCACUUUCCUUCGAAAGCAUGCCGAGACAGAAGGGUUUCGGAUGCUUAUCACUACGAUUUGGAUGCAUAUUCUCAGCUCUAGUCACUAUUCUAUACACAAUUCUGGCACUAGCACAAUGCCUGGCGUCGCUCGACAAGGAGAUCCCGACGUCGGUAGACUCCAGUCAUCUAGGCAAUAUCUUCGUGUACUGCUUCGAGGUGGCGGUCAUCGUCUGCCAUAUUGUCACUCUGAUCCUGACUACCAUCAUGCUGGUCGGAGUCUUGAAGGAAAAGUCUUACCUCAUGAAACCCUGGUUGGUGUGGACAUCUUGCCUGGUGCUGGGCAACCUGUUCCUGAUCGUCUUCUGCACAGUCCUCAUGAUGGUCUUCAACAGACUGGACGUGGAGCCCGGGCUAUUGGUGUCAUACCUGGUGGCAUUCCUCGCACUCCUUUUCCGAGUCUACAUGUUGACUCUGGUUGGAAGUUUCUACUUGCAACUAGAAGAGGAGAAAAUUGAGCGCCUGCGGACGUUACUCAACACGGACACUUGGCACAGCGCUGCGUAACGUUGCUAUUUAAAAUCUUCAGGCGCUUCGAGGAAUAGUCGAAUUAUCAUUAAUUAUUGGAUUUAAAGAGAUAGUGAAAGCAAUGUUUACUAAUAUUGCGUGAGAGUAUGUGGUUACAGGGUGACAAUGAAAUGGGGGCUACUGUAUUCUUGCUCACAAGGUAGCGUUCGUGUGAACCUUUGGUAUUUCGUCCAAUAGGGAAUUAACUAUCUGAUGUUCAAUAUUUGACAGCUGCUGUGAUUGGACAAAAAAUCCUCUUGCGACAUUUACGCCAUCUAGUGGCCAAAAACGGUAGUAGACCCCACUAAAUAAAUAAAUUCAGUCAUAUACUGAUUUCUUGUGAUCAAUUAAGUAGUAAUUAUGAUGUAAUUAAUUAUGAUUUAUUCAUUUGACAGUAUUUUUAAGAAUUUUAAACUUUGUAUGAUAGGUACCCAAAUGUGAUUUUUUGUUAUUUUAAUGUUUUUUUUUUAUAUUGCAGUAAUUGCAAUGAGCAAUUUUUUAUUCGUAUCACUAUUUGUGGUCAUUGUAAAUAUAUUUAACGCCAAAAGGUAAAUAAAUAUUAUGUUAAGUAUUGUAGAAAUAAAAGAUUUAUUAAUUUUA